CAAAAUACUUUUGAGUCUUGGGGGUGGUCUCUUGGGUCGGUUGCUUCAGGCUCCUUCUGCGCCCCUUCUUGCAACCGUAUCCCAAGUGCCAAUGCAUUCCCCGGCGGACCCAACCACCGACAUUGUCACCACCACCGCCACCGCCACCACCACCACCACCACCACCAGCAGCAGCAGCAAUGUGUUGCUAGGUAAGUAUCGCCUCGGCCGCCUGCUCGGCCGUGGUAACUUUGCAAAGGUGUAUAUUGCUCGUUCUCUCGCAGAUGGUUCCGAUUUAGCCGUGAAGGUAAUGGAUAAGACCAAGAUCCUCAACGCCACCAUGGAACCCCGGGUAAUUAGCGAAAUCUCUGUUAUGCGUCGACUUAGACACCCAAACAUAAUCAGAAUCCAUGAAGUUAUGGCUACAAAAUCCAAAAUCUACUUGGCCAUGGAAUACGCCAGAGGCGGCGAGUUGCUGGCCAAGAUUUCCCGGCACAAACGCUUCACCGAACCUGUCGCCCGCUUUUACUUCCAACAGCUAGUCUCAUCCCUUUACUUCUGUCACAGAAAUGGCGUUGCUCACAGAGACCUCAAGCCCCAAAACCUUCUCCUCGACGAACACGGCAACCUCAAGAUCUCCGAUUUUGGACUCUCUGCUCUUCCCGAGCAAUUGAAAGAUGGGCUCCUUUACACGGCUUGCGGAACGCCGGCAUAUACAGCCCCAGAGGUCGUCUGCCAGAAAGGCUACGACGGUGCCAAAGCCGACGCUUGGUCAUGCGGCGUCAUCCUCUUCGCCUUCCUCGCUGGUUUCCUCCCUUUCGACGAUUCCAAUAUCGCCGUCAUGUAUAGGAGGAUUCGCCGCCGGGAGUUUCAAUUCCCGUCGUGGUUCUCGAAGCCGGUGAAAUGGAUCAUCUCUCGGCUACUGGACCCCAAUCCUGAAACCCGGAUCAGCAUCGAAGCUGUAAUGGAGGUAGGUUGGUUCAAGAAGUCGUUGCAAGAGAAAGAUCAGAAUCCGAAUCAACAACAGAUGCAAACCCUUUUCAAUUUGCAGCUAACAAUGUCGCCGGACAAGGGUUCGAUGAAUGCUUUCGAUAUUAUAUCGUUGUCGUCGGGAUUGGAUUUGUCGGCGUUGUUCGAAGGAAAGAGGAAGUGGGCGAAGAGAUUCACAUCGAUGAUAGCAUCUCCAGAGAGGAUUGUGAAGAGAGUGACUGAGGCCGGAGAGAAAUUAGGAUACACAGUAGAGAGAAGGAAGAAAAGUGUGAUUGGGUUAGGGAAGGAGAGGUUGGGAUUGUUGAUAGAGUUGUUGGAGGUAGCACCUUCGGUGUUUAUGGUACAAGUGAGAGUGGGGAAUGGGGAAGGAGGGAUGGAAUUGGUGGAGUUGCAGUGGGGAGAGUUGAAAUUGGAGCUUGAAGACAUGGUUCUUGCCUGGCACAACGAUUGUGUCUGAGAGUUCACUCUUUCCUCCCGUCUUGUGGACGGUU